GUAGGGGCUCAUUAAGAGUAAAGGCGGUGGGUUUGGGCACUUGACAAAUGCCAAGACUGACCUGUUUGCUGCACAACGUAGAGAAUGAAGUCUCCUCCCAACCCCCAGGGCUGCAUGACCCGCACGACCUGUGCUCCUCACCUCCCUGCCUUCCCCUCCCCUUGCUCACUUUGCUCCAGCGACAUGCGACAUGCGGUUGUCUUGAUGAUUCCUUCAACCAGCCAAGCAUGGCCCUGCCCUAGGGCCUUCGCCCAUGCUGUGUCCACAGCACUCCAGGCUGGCCCAGGGUUUGUUUACAUGGCCCCAGGUUGGCGCCCUCAUUAUCCAUCACCCCACUGACAGUAAUAACAUUAUCACCACAGUAAUAAUAACAGCAGUAUCAAAUACCACCACGGACUUCCCUAGGAGUCCAGUGGUUAAGACUCUGCGCUCCCAAUGCCGGGGGCACCUGUUCCAUCACUUGGCUGGAGAUCCUGCAUGCCUCAUGCAAAAAAAAAAAAAAAAAAAAAUCCAAUACCACCAACAGUGGCAGGUCCUCAGAAUGACUCCAGAGCAUUUGCUCCGCCCACGUGGAGCACUGUGACAAAGAAUCUGGGUAUGAGUCUCUAGAUCCUUUCCGAGCUGUGCCCUUGACCAAGCCUCUCUUUCGUGCCUGUUUCUCCAGUUAUAAAAUGGAGGUUACAAUGCCUCCUUCCUGAGCUCAGCACCGGUUCUGGUACACAACAGGGGGUUAACGAGCGUUCUCCGUUACUUACUGUCUGGUGCCGGUCCUGUGCGGGUGCAUCCUUGGGGCGGGGGGUGAGGCGGUUCCAAACUUACUGCUCUUAACCACGCCCCGCCCCCUUCCGCCGACACAGGCACAUCACACGCAAAUAAAAUGCAAAUAGCACGCAAUGAACUGCUCUGGGCAGCGCGCAGGUCAGCCUGUGCGGCCCGAGGCGCCCAGCACCCCGCCGCUGAGCCGGGGCGCUGACCGUCGUCCAGCCCGGCUUUCAUCGCUCCGUACAGACGACGGAGGCUGUGUGGCUGACCGUCCCGUGGACGCAGGCUGAGGAUGCAGCGCUGGAAGGCAGCGGCCCUGGCCUCGGUGUUCUGCAGCUCCGUGCUCUCCAUCUGGAUGUGUCGGGAGGGCCUGCUCCUCGGCCACCGCCUCGGACCUGCGCUGGCCCCCUUGCGCCGGCCGCCUCGCACCCUGGACGCCCGAAUCGCCCGUCUGGCCCAGUACCGUGCACUGCUGCAGGGCGCCCCGGACGCGGUGGAGCUUCGAGAACUGACGCCUUGGGCCGGGCGGUCCCCUGGUCCGCGCCGUCGGGCUGGGCUCCGGCGGCGACGCGCGCGUGCGCGAUCGGGGACACGGCCGUGCGGGCUGCGCGAGCUCGAGGUGCGCGUGAGCGAGCUGGGCCUGGGCUACGCGUCCGAAGAGACAGUGCUGUUCCGCUACUGCGCAGGCGCGUGCGAGGCGGCCGCGCGCGUCUACGACCUGGGGCUGCGGCGCCUGCGCCAGCGGCGGCGAGUGCGGCGCGAGCGGGUGCGCGCUCAGCCCUGCUGCCGCCCGACGGCCUACGAGGACGAAGUGUCGUUUCUGGACACGCACAGUCGCUACCACACGGUCCACGAGCUGUCGGCGCGCGAGUGCGCCUGCGUGUGACCCUACCUCAGCCGGCCCGGAGAGACGGCGGCCACGGCCUCCGCCCCGACGGCGCCCACGGUCCCUCCUGGCAAGCCCCGCGACAGACUACCCACGCGCAGGAGAUGCCGUCCAGGGCUCAGGACUCUCGCG